CCCAGGACUGGUUUAGAUCAUUGUUACUGUUGUUGGCCGCCAGCGAAAAUCGAACUCAGGCCACCGGAUGAGUAGCGCAAGUCCGCAAACUGCUACAUAUCUGCACACGCACAUUCACACAGACACCAAGGACACGUGCAUGGCUUUGAAACGGGACAAGGGCCUGAUCUCUCGUCUGCGGGACAGCCAGUUCGACGUUCUCCUCUCUGACCCCAUCGCCUUCUGUGGUGAUGCACUGGCGUUAAUGCUGGGCAUUCCCUACGUCUACUCCCUGCGCUUCACUCCGAGCUACAUUAUCGAGCGCUACUGUGGGGCGAUGCCCGCGCCUCCAUCCUACGUGCCCAUGCCAGUGUCUAAUCUCCCGGACCAUAUGCACUUCUGGCAACGAGUGCAAAACACUGUGAUGUAUUUUCUCAGUGACUUGAUGCAUAUAUUGAUGGAUGGAAACAAUUCAAACAGAAUAUAUGCUGAAUUGCUCGGUAAGUGUACAACAAUUUGCGAGGUGAUGAGCGGUGCUGAGUUCUGGCUCAUCCGGAACAACUGGGAUCUCGACUUUCCACGCCCGUUCCCUCCAAAUUUCGUCUUCGUCGGUGGGCUCCACUGCAAGCCCGCAAAACCCUUACCCGAGGACCUUGAAGAGUUUGCGCAGAGCUCGGGUGAGCACGGCCUCAUUGUGUUCUCGCUGGGGUCCAUGAUCAAAUACAUGCCUAUGGAGAGGGCUGAAUUGAUCGCCUCUGCACUGGCUCAGCUCCCACAGAAGGUGGUGUGGAGAUACAUGGGAGAGAAGCCGUCUUCCCUGGGCUCCAACACUAAGCUGGUGCCCUGGCUGCCACAGAACGACUUGCUGGGCCACCCAAAGACCCGCGCCUUCAUCACGCACGGCGGGACUAACGGAGUAUACGAGGCCAUCUACCACGGCGUCCCCAUGCUCGGCUUCCCGCUUUUUGGCGACCAGAAGGACAACCUCCUGAGAGUGCAGACGCGUGGGGUUGCUAUCAUAUUGGACAUAAUCAUGGUCACUGCCCCGGAGAUCCAAGACGCACUCAGCUUGCUCAUCAAUAACAGCAGCUACCAGCAGAGCAUGGAGCGCCUCUCGCGCCUCCACCACGACCAGCCCGAGCGACCGAUAGACCGUGCGGUGCACGCGCUGGAGUUCGUGAUGCGUCACGGCCACGCGCGCCACCUGCGCCCAGCGGCGCAUCGACUCGCCUGGUAUCAGCUGCACUGCCUGGACGUGGUCGCCUUCCUGAGCGUUGCUGUAGGGCUCGCCCUCGCACUGCCCGUCCUCCUCUGCCGCCUGUGCUGCCACUGCAGGAGGGCGGCCAAAGUGGCAGCCAAGAAGGGCAAGAAGGAGUGACGGGAGCCGGAUCACUGUGUCAUCUCUUUGUAAAAUUAAAUUGAUUGCGGUCCUUUUUGACGGCGUUGUGUGACUUGACAAUUACGAAACAGCUCUUUCUGUACAUCGUCUUUACAUUUGAUUGCAUGUAAAUGCGACCUGAAUCCAAAUUGUAUUGUCUUGCAUUUCCAUCAUGUUGUAACGUUCUUAGCCCGUGCCCCAAAUAGACAUUGUGAAAAUAAGCUUUAUAGAUCAUCGGAUUCCUCCUGUAGUAUAAAUGCAGAUUCUGAUUUAGGAUUUGGUGGAGGGUCCCUUAAUAAAAUUGAGCGACUAUUGCUUGCUUGCUAUAUUGAUCGAUACAAGGUGUAAUGCAAAUGUAGCUUUAUGUGAAAUGCAUAAUAUAAACGGGUCAGGAUACCUUCGUAAUAACCUUUCACGAACAUGAAAGGUAUGGAAGUGGUAAUAUCGUGCAUGCAGCACAUGCAGACAUAAAAUGGCUGUUUCUGAAUUUAAUUUACCUUU